AUGGCUGAGAACAAAGAGGCUUGGAAAUUGGCUGUAGAGUCAGGUGCUCAGUACAGCGAUGAGGAGGAUAUCAUAGCUAUCUUGCAGGAGCAGAAUGAAGCGAUUGCUCUGAAGCGACGGCAGGCGAAGCAGAAAGACAAAAUACGAAGAAGCUGCCCAAAAACUUGUAAACAAGAUUGGUCCAGGUGCCGUUUUGUUGUUUGGGGGAUUUUAAUGAAAUCCUGCAUAUGGAAGAACAAAAAAGGUGCGACUAGAUUGUCGACGUCGGCAGAAGAUUUUAGAGCAUGGAUCAAUGAUAUGGAAUUGAUUGACUUGGCACUAAAUGAUCGAAAGUAUACAUGGUUUAGAGGACAGUCGUGCAAUCGUAUUGACAGGUGCUUAGUUUCUGUGGAGUGGACUGAUGUAUACUCGGAUAUGCGUCUAAGGGGAGGUCCAAGGGGUUUAUUGGAUCACUGCCCCUUGAUUAUAGAAGACAGCAGAAACUUUGAUGGCCCAAGACCAUUUCGCAGCUUAGAUUCCUGGUUCACACAUGACGGAUUUUUGAGAAUGGUAAAGGAAGAGUGGAGGGGAUUAGGUGAGGUGCAUUUCUUAGAGAAGAUGAAAGCGUUGACAACACCUUUGCGCAAAUGGCAUAAGCAACAUUUUGGGGAUAUAACCGAGAAGAUAAAGAGGUUUGAGGAAGAAAUAAAGAAGGUAGAUGACAUGGUUAGCAGUGGACGAUACGAUGAUACAAUGGAGGCAAAGAGGAGGGCGUUAGUGAGGUGCUGUGAAAAGUGGUAUGUGAGGCAAGAUGUUCACUGGAAGCAAAUGUCUAGAUCUCGGCAUGCGAGUGAGAUGGAUAGAAACACAAGGUACUUCCAUAAUAUAGCUUCGGCGAGGAGAAGGAAUAACAGGAUUGAGACUUUGGUAAUUCACGGGAGACUAGUGCGGACUCAAGCAAGAAUUAAGACUGCGAUUCGAGACUUUUAUAAAUGUCUGUACCAUCAGGAGGAUUCUCCAAAUGUAAGCUUUAGGGAUGGAUUGGUUAAUCGGUUGGGGAGGGAGGAAGCUGAAACUCUAGAGGUGUUACCGUCAGUGGAUGAAGUGAAAGAGACGGUCUGGGACUGUGAAUCGUCUAAGGCUCUAGAGAGUAAUGGGUACAACAUGAACUUUAUAAAAAAAGUAUUGGAAUGA